GUGGCGGCCAAUAUGUUUGUUGCACACGAGAGAGAGGACUUUAGCAAACGCCCCCUGGGCUCCACACAAAAGAAUACACAACAGGGACAUCUAAGAGGGGGUCUUUUGGACACUCUCUCACAAAAACACACACACACACAUUUAAAGUGAUCAUGAAGGAGGGAGCUGUCUGUUUAAAGCCUUUUUCAUGCUCCACAGUUGCAAACUGAUGUCUCGGACAAUGACGAACAGCAACUCCCCCACAUUUCAACUCUGACCUCAAGGAUUUGCAAAGAAACAGUGAGCGAGCGAGCGAGCGAGAGAGAGAGAGAGAGAGAGAGAGAGAGAGAGAGAGAGAGAGAGAGAGAGAGACAAAUACAGAAAGAAGCAGAAGGAGGUGGGUUAAAGGACAUCUUGUUCCAGUCAGACAGUGGGUUGAGAGACUCAAGUAAAGCCACUGAGGAGUCAGCGCUGAGCAACACGGUCCUGAGAAUCUAUGCUUAUUUGCAUCUCUACUCUUCCGAAGGCAAUGUGAAGUUGCUGAAGGGAAAGACCAGGAAAACCGAAACAAAAUAAUCUGUUGCCUACACAGAGAAGCCAGCUGCACAAACAGGAGUCAGACCAGUGCAAUAAGCAACGCACUGAAGAAGGAAAAGGAGAAGAUAAAGAAAAGCAAGCAAGGAGCGAGAUCCAAGAGUCAAGCUGCAGCCAGCUGGAGCCAAGGGAAUGGACCUAGGUGCCACUUGGAUUAAUCCCCGCGUACCCGAAGUGCUGUCUGAGGAGGAGGGCUGAGGCUCUGCUGCAACGACAACCAACUACUGAAUGAGGAUGAAUGGAGAUGUCCUUUAGCUAAGCCUCAAGACAAAACUCUUGACAAUUCCACCUCUGCGUGAGCUGGGACAGCACUCCUUAACAGCUGGAGGAGGAGGUGGUGGUGGUGGCGGAGGAGGUGGAGGUGGAGAGGAGCCAGGGGGCCCAGAGCAUCGUUGGUGCUACUGCCCAAGAGGAGAGGCAAGACUCUGCGGAGGAUCAGGGGUCGGUGGAGGGACACGAGGGAGGGGGAGAGGUGGCGGGCGCCAGGCGUCGCAUGGCCGUGCAGAGGCUAGUGGCGGCAGCGGUGGCGGUAGCGCUGCUGUCCCUGGUCCUUAAUAAUGUUGCAGCCUUCACCCCCAGCUGGGUACUGCAGGCCCUGGAGGACGGACGCAAGCGGAGCGUAGGACUAUGGAGAAUGUGUCCCAAUGGAGGGGAAAGGGGCCGCGAUGAUGUCCAGGCUGGGAGAAGGGGGCAUGGGACACAGAGGCAGUGCGAAGGUCUGGGAUGGGGCUCUGACUAUGCAGGCUACCAAGAAUCCCGCAGCACUGUCAGAUUGCAGUUUGACAUGAUGCGGGCUUGUAACCUGAUGGCGACGGUGGCCCUGACUGCCGGUCAGCUGAUCUUCCUUCUAGGCCUGAUGGAGCUGCCCUUUAUCACACAGGAAUCACAGUGGUGGGAGGAGGCCAUUGCUGCACUCUUCCAGCUAGCUAGUUUCGUGCUGGUGAUUGGACUUGUGACCUUCUAUAGGAUUGGGCCCUACACACACUUGUCCUACUCCUGCUACUUGGACAUAGCUGCUUGCCUGCUGGCCACGAUAGCUGCGGCCAUGCUCAUCUGGAACAUUUUACAUCGCCGCGAUGACUGCCUUGCACCUCGAGUUAUAAUCAUCAGUCGCUCACUGACCUCACCUUUCCACCCACACCUAGACAAUGACUAUGUGGAGUCGCCUUGUUGAGCCAAGUGACUUCAUAGCCCAAGCAAAAAAAGGACAACAGACAACUCUGACAAGACUGUGCUCUCAGCAUUUCAUGUUUUACUCCAGCUAGAAGCCUCCAAUGUCACAUUCAAGAGAAGAGGAAAUUUAUGUGGCUCUACAACAGCUGGACUAACAUGUACCUGCAUUUGUAAAACUCUAUAUUUUACAACUUCUCCCACCAUAAACAAAGCUAUCAGAAUUUUUGAGUUUGCUGCUCAGUGCACAAAAGUCACAGAAUUAACUAAAACGUAUGUAUAAAGCAGCCCUAAACUACCAAACCUAUUCAAAACCGUAUGAUAUUUCAUUUAUUCAUGCUUGGGUGAGCUGAUUUGUAGCUAAAUAUGGAAUUUGGACGAGGACUGUCUUAUAUGAAACAUCCUGCUUAUUCAAAGAUCAAGCUGGAACUUGACCUGUUUUGUUAUAUGUGCACUUAUUAAAUGGCCUCCUGCAUAAUUAUGAAUUGGAAAUUAUAAAGGAUGUUGAAAACGUAACACCAGAAUACCUCAUAUUUGUUUUCAUUCAUUUUGAGUUUAUUACAAUUAUAAUACAUUAAUAUAAUAUAUUAAUAUUAAUGAUAUAUGUUGCAAGUAAGUAAACUAACAAGGUAAAAGCAGAAGAGUCACUCUGCCUUUUUGGUUGGGCUACCCAAAUCAGUGACAAUAUUUUAUUUUAAAACAGCCAAUGAGGUGAUAUUUUGAUCAAAUAAACUCACCUACUGAAAAGAGGAAAUCUUUUCAUUAGUCAUAGCCACAUUAAUAUUUUUCCUCUUGAACAAGUGAAAAUAAAAAGACAAAUGACCUGCCAAUUAAUGUAUUUGAAUUUUUCUUUAAGCAGUAUUAGUUUAACCGAUGGUAACUAAUGUUUUGUCAACGUACUGCAUUUUGAAAACACAUUUCAAUACUUAUUUUUCACGAUGUUUUCUCUGCUCGCUUGUGGUACAUACUGUAUACUUAAAUUAAUAUAAUGUAGUUGUAUAAAGAACAGUGCUAUCACUAGUACUAGUAUUAUUGUAUUACUUCUGCAAAGAACUCCAGGCCAUCUGUGGGUCUUCCACAUCGCCAAACAUAGUGGCACAUUAAAAUAAUAAUAUAUCAUAUCAAUUUAAUAAAUGUAUUGGUAAAUAUUCAAACACAA